CGAACCACCAGGGUGUCACACCGUUACCUUUCCGUCAAGCUGAGCGCAUCUCAGGCAAAUGUUCACACGUCUGUGUUUUCCUUUAAUUUAUUUUUUUUAUUUCAGAGUUGUGGGUUGAAUUAUUUAAUGGACUGUGUGGAGCAGAGUGACGCAGACGCAGAGGCGCCCUCCGUCAUUGACCGAUAUUUCACACGUUGGUACAGAGCAGAUAUGAAGGGCAACCCGUGUGAGGAUCACUGCAUCCUGCAGCAUUCAAACAGGUUGUGUGUCAUCACCUUAGCAGAGACCCACCCGAUCCUUAUGAAGGGGCGCACGGUCAAAAGCAUCAAUUACCAGAUCAGUCAUGGCUGCAGUCGCUUGAAUAAUAAAGUGUCCGGGAAGUCCAAACGGGGGGCGCAGUUUGUUACAGAUUUUGCUCCGUUGUGCAGGAUAACAUGCUCAGAUGACACCGAGUACACAAUUUACAGUUGCAUAAGGGGACGUCUUCUGGAGGUCAAUGAGAACAUUUUAGAAACUCCAAAUCUCUUGCUACAAAAGCCGUCAACCGACGGAUAUAUUGCCGUCAUCCUUCCGAAGUUUGAGGAAAGCAAGAGCAUAACCGAAAGCCUCCUGACGAGGGAAGAGUUUGAGAAGGUCGUCUCCAAACGCAGCCUGUGCCAACCCUCCUGAUGGAGCGUCGAAGGCUAAACCGUUCUGGGAGGGUUUAUUUUGUUUGGUCUGUUUUCCUCUUCUCGCUCAUCUGCAGGUUGGUUCCAAACCAAGACUGAGGCAGAGGACCUAAUCCCCCUCCUGAAAGACAUUUAUGUGCGACAGAAGCACCGUGCCUUCACUUUUUUUCCCCGUUACGGAGUUCAGGAUGUUUUCAACUUCAAAGUUUAGCUUUUAAUUAUGACUUUUUAUUUUUCUGUGAUCUGAUUAUCAUAAGAAGAAAAAGAAAGCACGGAACUCUGUUGUAGAUUAUUUUCAAGCGAUAGCUUUUUGUUCAUGUGAAAUAUAAAAGUCAAACAGUAAUUUAUGAAAAAUAUUUUUUAUUUAUUUUCUCACCCUUUAUCAACCUAUCAAUCAUCAAAAAAAAAAAAAAAAAAUGAGGUGGUCCAAAACUAAUGUUUUUCUUUUACCUUCUGUAAAUCAGUGAUUAUAACAUCUGUAAUUUUCAGCUGUUCUCACAACAUUAAAUCCCUAAAGCU